UCUGAUUAGACCAGGAUCAUGGAGACUAGUGUCCUUCUCCUCCUUGCUGUCCUCCUCAGCUUCUUGCUAUUCCUGGUCAAGGGCCAUGCAAAAGUUCAUGGUCAUCUUCCACCAGGACCCCGUCCCUUACCCCUCUUGGGAAACCUCUUGCAGAUGGACAGAGGAGGCUUUCGUAAGUCUUUCAUUCAGCUUCAAGAAAAACAUGGAGAUGUGUUCACAGUAUACUUUGGACCUAGGCCUGUGGUCAUGCUGUGUGGGACACAGACCAUAAGGGAGGCUCUGGUGGACCAUGCUGAAGCUUUCUCUGGCCGGAGAAUAAUUGCUGUGCUUCAGCCAAUUAUGCAGGAAUAUGGUAUGUCCUUUGUCAAUGAAGAAAGGUGGAAGAUCCUUCGGCGAUUAUUUGUAGCCACCAUGAGAGACUUUGGGAUAGGAAAGCAGAGUGUGGAAGAUCAGAUAAAGGAGGAGGCCAAAUAUUUAGUGGAGGAACUGAAGAAUCACCAGGGAGUCUCCCUGGACCCAACGUUCCUCUUCCAGUGCAUCACAGGCAACAUCAUCUGCUCCAUUGUCUUUGGAGAGCGCUUUGACUACAGAGACCGCCAGUUCCUGCGUUUGCUCGACCUGUUGUAUAGGACCUUUUCCCUCAUAAGCUCAUUCUCCAGCCAGAUGUUUGAGGUCUACUCUGACUUCCUGAAGUACUUUCCUGGUGUCCACAGAGAAAUCUACAAAAACCUGAAGGAAAUCCUCGACUACAUUGAUCAUAGUGUGGAGAACCACAGAGCCACUUUGGACCCCAAUGCUCCCCGAGACUUUAUCGAUACUUUCCUUCUGCACAUGGAGAAGGAGAAGUUGAACCACUACACGGAGUUCCAUCAUUGGAACCUAAUGAUAUCUGUGCUCUUUCUUUUCCUUGCUGGCACUGAGUCUACAAGCAACACUCUCUGCUAUGGAUUCCUGCUCAUGCUCAAGUACCCUCAUGUUGCAGAGAAAGUCCAAAAGGAGAUUGAUCAGGUGAUCGGCUCACACCGGGUCCCAACCCUUGAUGACCGCUCCAAAAUGCCAUACACUGAGGCAGUCAUCCAUGAGAUUCAGAGAUUUUCUGAUGUUUCUCCAAUGGGUUUGCCAUGCAGAAUCACCAAAGACACAUUGUUCCGAGGGUACCUGCUCCCCAAGAACACUGAGGUGUACUUCAUCCUGAGUUCAGCUCUCCAUGACCCACAGUACUUUGAACAACCAGACACCUUCAAUCCUGAGCACUUCCUGGAUGCCAAUGGGGCACUGAAGAAAUGUGAAGCUUUCAUGCCCUUCUCCAUAGGAAAGCGUAUGUGUCUUGGAGAAGGCAUUGCCCGAAGUGAAUUGUUCCUUUUCUUCACUACCAUCCUCCAGAACUACUCAGUGUCCAGCCCUGAGGAUCCUAAAACCAUUGAUAUGACUCCCAAAGAGAGUGGAUUAGCCAAAGUAGCCCCAGUGUACAAGAUUUGCUUUGUAGCCCGAUGAUUGUGCUGAGGCAGUCAGCUGACUCACUUCUGUUCAAAAUGGCCCCAUUUUUCUGAUUCUGGGAGACCUGCUGGAAACCAGGCCCAAGGUUGCUGAGUCACUCCUCACUUCUUCCCAACAGCCUCAGUCCCCAUUUAUCAGGUCUCCAUGCUCUGUGAUCUAUGCUAUUGGGUAUGUAUAAGGUCUGAAUUCUAUGUCUACAGGUUUGCCUAGUAUGCAUGGUUCAUGUAAACAGGAUCAUAUAGUGUAUGAA